AUGAGUGAUUCAACAAGUAGCACUGGAGAAAAACGAUCGCAUGACUCCUCGGUCAACAAUGGCAGUGGUAGCAUGGACGUUGAAUGUAAACGGGAAUGGAACGGCAUACCGCGCUCAGAGUUUGUGGUUGUUUCGGAUAACAGCGGUGACGCCAUGGAGUUACCCACUUCUGAAGAUAAUACGUUAUUUAUGACCACUCUGCAAUCUUCAUAUCCUGGUGCUACUGGAAUGAAGUACAAAAAUCCCAAAACCGGAGCUCUAAGAGCAGUCGCAGUGGACGCCACUGGUACCAAGCUUCUGCCUCCUCUCGACGGCUGGGACGACAAGGUUUUCACCGUGAUCACUUCGAACGCCCGCGUUGACCGAGAGCCGGCUUCUUCGCGCCGUCCCGUUGAUCUCAUCGUGCUCGGCGUGAAUUACAAGACCACUGACGAAGGAUUCAAAAAGUACUUCGAAUCAUUCGGUACCGUCUCUUUUGCAGAGAUCAAACGAACAUCGGAGGGUUCGUCGAAAGGUUUCGGUUUUGUGCAAAUGAGCACCUUGGAAGAACAGGACAAAGUUUUGGCGACUGCUUGUCACAUGCUGGAUGGAAGACGGUGCGAGAUUCGCAUUCCAGAUCAGAAGGUGUGUACAUCCCAUUCGUUCCGCCCUCCUCCUGGAGUGUACGCUCGGCCUCCAUACGAUGCAUGGGUUUCGCCACCACCAUCAGGCCAUCACGGAACACCUCGCUCAUCACGUGGACCUGGCGGACCGCAUGAGCAGCCAUGGAAUCGACACGCGAAAGAGGUUCCACCUACAGCUUAUCCAGGGCCUGGGCCACAACCAGGGCGGUCAGGCAUCCAACCUCGUCCAGCUGUUUAUCCGAGAAAUCCGAGAGAUGGUCUGGCAGGUCAAGCCGCUUCAAAUCAAAUAGCCAGCGGAUUAGACGCGUUGAAUUUGAAUCAGAAAAAUCCAGAAUUAUUAAGCGCUGCAUGGAACGCAUUUUUCAAUACGUUGAGCCAUGGUGGUGCUUCACCUCAACCGCAUAAACAAUGGUAG